AGAACAUUGUCACAUAACAGACUGGGCUGGAUCAGAAAAGCAAUUGCAAAAGGUCCAGAGAAGAAGAGUCUGCUAAGCAAGUGAGAGGAAGCAGUUCACAUAGGACUUCUGAGCUUGGACUGUCUCAAAAGUACAGCAUGAAGAAGCUUUUGGAAAGAUAUCUCAUGUCAUAGCAUCACAUUUUAUAAAAAGGUUUAACGAGGAAUGGAUACUACUAUAGAGCCUAACAACUGGUCGUCACAAACAAGUCCUCUAAUGAAUAAUUUCACUAUAUUUACCAAAUACCUCAGUGUAGAGGUUGCCAACAGUUCAGAAUGCAAAAUAGAGGAAAGAUCCCUUGGGACUGCAUUAGCUGUUUUAUACAGCAUCAUUUUUGUUUUUGGCCUGCUGGGUAAUAUCUUGGCCAUUUAUGUUUUUCUGUUCAUUCACAGCAAGAGAAACUCAGUGCAAGUUUACCUUCUUAAUACAGCCAUUGCAGAUCUUCUAUUGAUUAUAUGUCUUCCAUUUCGGAUAAUGUACCAUGUUUCUCAAAACUGGAAAUUGGGCAUAGUUUUCUGCAAAGUAGUCGGAAACCUCUUCUACAUGAAUAUGUACAUAAGCAUUGUUCUUCUGGGCCUGAUAAGUAUGGAUCGGUAUAUAAAAGUCAAAAAGUCACUACGCCGUAACAAAGUGUCUGACAGGAAAUGCAGCAUUCAGGCUUGCUGUGUGUUGUGGAUAGUAGCAGUUGUGGCAGUCAUGUUUCUCAUAGCAACACAAUCAAGCAAAAAACAAUCAAAUUCCAAUUUAUGCUUUCAGUACUCUGACAGAAAAGAUGAAAUUUGGCAAGCAGUAUUUAACUACCUUCUUGUGUUGGUGUUUUGGAUUGUAUUUCUUUCACUAAUACUCUCCUAUGUGAAAAUUGCAAAGAACCUUUUUAGGAUUUCCAGGGAAAGAGCCCACCUACCGAAUGCUGGAAGGUACAGCUGCACGGCACAGAAAUCAUUUUUUGUGCUCUUCAUCUUCACUCUCUGCUUUGUGCCCUAUCACACUUUCAGGAUUGCAUACAUUACAUCUCAGCUUCAAAAGCAUUCCUGCUAUUGGACAGACAUUAUUCACAAAACCAAUGAGAUCAUGUUGGUCUUCUCUGCCUUAAAUAGCUGCCUGGACCCAGUCAUGUACUUUCUCUUAUCAAGCAGCAUCCGUAAAACGGUUUUUCAGUUGAUUUGCAGAGUCAGUCGAGAGACAGGUCGGAGUGAGAGUAAUACUUCAGAACUUCAUCAAGUCCAUAAUUUAACUGAAAGUAUUUGUGGGCCUGGACACAACAUUUAUUCUCAGAGCACCACAUGUUCUCACGGUAACCAAAGGCGACUGUAUGUUAAACAGAGCUAAUAAUGUACAUGCCAAACAAGAAACUACAAGCAUAACAUUACUAGUCAACAUUAACUAGUAAACACAAUGAUGGCUGAAAUUAAUACCGAGAUGCAAAUUUGUGGCAUUUCUAAUUACAAAAGAACAAUGUAAGCAAAGAUAAAGAUUGAUUGCGCCUCCAGAGCUACUCUGAUUAUAUAUGAUUAUUUGUGCUUUGUACACUUAAAGAGCAACUCCACCAAAACACAAUUUAUGCUUUUUUGAAAAGUAAACUAUUUUAAUCAAAUUUGCAAUAUACAUCAAUAAAAAAUAUGCAGCCCUUUCAUGAUUUUAAUGUAAUACUAUGGUUUGGAACAUAUAUCCGGCCCCCUGUUCUCCUGCUGAUCUGGCUGACUAUUAAUGUGUAUGUCACUUGUGGCAUAGAUCCACUUCUCCCUGCCCUGUGUUUUUCCAUCACGCUGACUGAAGUGGAUCUGCUUCCCUACGCUGCCCAUGCACCUGCACUGAAACUACAGUAUCCGCCACCUCAGUGCAGGCACACGCAGUGGAGGGUAGUGUAGGUUUGCCUGUAAUAAGCAAAAGCAGGCUUUUUGGGUGACACUGCGUGUCCUCAGCCUGCAUCUCCCAAAUCCCCAAAAAUUUGCUGCACACAUGAUGUCAAUAAGGCAAGGAACAUCACAGUGCAAUGCACUUUGGGAUAAGUAACUCCUACUUGCUGUCUGUAAGUUGUGAGUUACAAUUCAUAACAUCAGUGUUUUAGUCCCUCCUAUCCUGCCAGGAUUUUAAA